UCAGGUGUGCCAUUUCCUAAGAACUUCACCCCCACAGUAAAGAAGAUCCUGACACGAUUGUUCCGAGUCUUUGUCCAUGUGUAUAUCCACCAUUUUGAUAAACUACUCGCGCUAGAAGCGGAGGCUCACGUCAACACAUGCUACAAACACUUCUACUACUUCAUCAAGGAAUUUGAACUGGUGGAAAAGAAGGAGCUAGAACCACUACGAGAAAUGACGGAAAGGAUAUGUCACUAACAGACUAUGAAGAAACACAGAAGGCAAGUUAGAGUAAUUAUAUGCUGACCCCGGAUCCCCUUGUGUUGGGGAGGGACCGGCAAC